AUGGAGUUUCCUCCGCCUCGUCGUCGUGAGACUUUACCGGCCCGCCUCGGCGCCACGCAGCAACAACAAGGGCCGCCUGCUACUGUCCCUGGAACGACGUAUGCCACACCCCCUGGACUAGGCUAUGGCGGUAAUCCGCAGCCGGUCUACUAUGCCCCAGUCUAUCCUGCAGGUCCCUCUUCCGGCCCAUAUUAUGCUCAGCCCGCCUUCCACCCCCAGCAACAGGUGCACUACGUUCAAGCCGUGGACCGUAGAGAGGAGAGUGAAGAAACCAGUCGCCCGCGUAUCAGCGAGACCCCUCGCCACAGGUCACCGUCGCCACCGAGGGAGGUUGAGCGCAGAGAAAUUCGGAUAUCUCGCCCCAAACGGACCAGAUUUGCGGAUGAUGAAUAUUAUGGCUACGACAGCGAUUCGUCUAGCCCCAGAGACAGAGCCGAAAUUCCAAUAUACCACAACUCCAGCCGCGGGUCUGGGUACACUGAAAACGAUAGCUCCACAGUGUACUCUUUCUUUCCUACGCGUGCAUCACGAGCGCCAUCUUCUUCUCGCACUGCCAAGACUGAUGACGAGGAGGUAGAAAAGUCAGAAAAUGGCUCAGUAUCGCAAGAGAGCGGAGCCUCACGUGUCCGAGCUACUUACGUCUUUGAGUCUCGGUAUACUGGUGAAAGUCGAUUGGGUGACCCGCAUACAGUGAAGUUGUCAGUGCAGAAAACCACUGCCGUCAAGCAGAAGCAUCUCUUCAGGUGGAUACACACGACACGAUCUUCUAUGAACUUUGAUGAGUUUGCAAACAUCGCGUCUCAGGUGCCCGCUUUGGAUGCUUCAGAGAGGAAAGCAAUUGCCCAGCUUCUCCCUCGCGUCAAACGAAAAUUCGUCAAGACCAUACAGACAUCGACGGGCAAAGACGUCCAAUACAUGGAACCGGCAGUCAUGCCGUACCGGAUACCAGACGGUGGCAAGAAUCGCAGUAUUGCGUCACGGACAGCAGCAUGGGUCUGCCUCCCUUACUUUAGCCUCGAGAACUACUCCGGCUUGCUAUCGGCCGAGAACUCGGCCGAGUUUCCCGUGCAGACACUCCUUCAGGCUCAAUUCUCGAAGACCGCCCGGGAGCGGGACAUGCAACAGGCAGUCUGCCAGAUCGGCAGGAGAGGGAAUGGACGUUGCUUCCACAUCGCGCAGCUGUGGUGUCUCAUAGUCGACAAAUCUCUACUCCUGACCUACGGACGCAUGACCGAAGAUGCUCUCUGUGCUGAAUCCAGAGAGGCAAUGACUAAGAUCACAAUAGAAAAUACUAUGGCUCAACCCGCGGGUGUCGACGAAUCAGUCCUCAACGAACAUCUCCUCGAGAUUGAAGACUUUCUCCUGAAUCAGACAAAUUUCACAGAUCGCAAAGCCUACCGAAGUUGCAAUCCGUCGUCUCGUAACAACGUUCAUGGAAUAUUGGAGAAGCGUGGCUCGAUUCUAAGCCAAUCCCCGGACUCAUCCAGCAGAGACCAGGUAGACUACGAGGAAGUGGUGGACAUUUUCAAUACCGCCGACAUCAUUUUCCGAUUUUUCUUCCCGGCUGAUUCUAAGGUGGCAACUGUGGGCAAGUUCUGGGGCGCUGUGAAAUUGCUCGUUGAGUUGGACAUAGUUGUCCCUGACGAUCUCAAAAAUGCCUGGCUGCAUCUUACAAUGGGCCUUAUAUUCGUGCCACACGAUGAUGUCAUGAGCGAGACCCUUCUCGUCCAUGCUCAGCUUCUCAUUGAGGAAGGCAUCGAGAAUAUCGUCAAAUCCUUAUCCGGGAAAUCCCUCAUGGAGAAUGCAGUGAUCUCGCCCAUAGAACUCUGCACGUUGAUGGGUUUGAAGAUGCUCCAAGAUUCAACAGCAGGUCUUCCAGACAUCGGUCACACUUACUCCGCAUACCUCGAAUCUGUGGCGGCCGACAUUUCGAACAAGCCUUCAGAUCGAUUACAUGAACGUAGAAUAGGACUCCUGAAGCAGGAACUAUCGGUCAUAAUGAAGACUCUCAACGCUCAACAUCGAAUUGUUGAGAACCUAGAAAAUGAAUUCAAACCACAGGUCAUUAAGAGCGAAUACAUGGCGUCAACCGAGCACCCGAACAUCGGGUAUGAAUACUCCAAAAGCUUGGUGGAGCGCGAGCCCGAUUUCUCAAGGGUCAGGUCGUCCUCAAGGAUUCAUGAAGGGCCAGCAAGGUCGCAUGUGCACGAUGUCGAGUACCCGAGAUCCUACGUAUACGACAGGCCGAGAUACCGGGACGAGCGUGACCGGGAGAUCCGAACGCACGCUGGUUAUUAUGAAGAGGACCCUUAUGUAUACCACACCGCAACCCAGUCAAACCCGGACUUCAAGCUCGCGCCCACGGAUGUGGGCGGCUUCCGCAAGCUGUUUGCCGAGGAGUGCUUCCGCCACGUCGAGCGUCGGAAGCGCGAGUUUGGCGAGUUCCGGCACCAAGCCACCUUGCUCGAGGAAGAGAACCAAAACAAGGUCGAGACAACCAAGGACCGCCAAGAGCGCGCCAUCUACGCCUUCACCAUCGUCACGGUGAUAUUCCUCCCGCUCAGCUCCGUGGCGAGCAUCUUCGGCAUCAACACCAAGGACGUGCGGGACACGGAGCUGGGCCAGUGGGCGUACUGGGCCACGGCCGUACCCGUCACGGCGGCCGUCGUCUUCUUCGGGCUGCUGUGGACGGGCGAGCUGGGCAACAUCCUGCGCUGGGUUUCGUUUGGGCCGCACGUGAGGAGGAGAGCAUACCAACGGAUCCCGGAUGACUAUUGGGACGGGGAUCCCCUUAUGGAUCGCUAUUCCAGGGGCCCUGCCGUCUUAAGGCUGCGGGAAAGGGAACGGCCGUAUGUGUAUCGUAGCCGCUCUCCCUCCCCGCCUCCUCUGCGGGAACCCCCGGUACAUUUCAUUCGCCGUCGGGAGGCUAUUUACUAG